AGUUAGUUAAAGUAAAUUUUGCAAAAAUAUUAAACAAACAAUCUUAAUUCCGACUAAUCGUUCGAUAAAUACCCAGUUAAGAUUGCAGUAUGUUAUGUGUUGUCAUAAACUCAAUCAAUCACGCUCGGUAAAUACCGUAAAACGAACGCAAUGUUGCUUAAAUCAUUAAUAACCCCAUUAAUCAAUGGGCGAAAAAUGAGUACAGUGACACGUUUCAAGCCGUUCUCCCCGAACUUUAUCUUCAGACAGUUAUUCGACCCGAAAAGCUCCACAUACACGUAUUUAUUGGGAGAUGCUGAUAGUGCAGAGUGCAUACUUAUCGACCCGGUUGUUGAACACGCUAAGCGCGACUUUCAACUCACCAAGGAUUUGAAUUUGAGAUUAGUUUACGCUGUGAAUACCCAUAUGCAUGCUGAUCACAUCACUGGAACGGGCUACUUAAAGCAACUUUCCGGUUGUAAGAGCGUCAUAUCUCGGCAAAGUGGAGCACAAGCUGAUGUUCUUAUCGACGAAAAUGAUUUUCUAACAUUCGGCAAUCAACGAUUGAAGGUGUUAUCAACGCCCGGUCACACCAACGGCUGUUGUUCGUUUUACAGCAACGAACAGGGCAUAGCUUUCACCGGCGACGCUGUUCUUAUCAGGGGCUGCGGAAGGACAGAUUUUCAAGAAGGUGAUUCGGCCACUUUGUACAAAAGUGUCCACGAAAAAAUCUUCACUUUGCCCGAAGAAACACGACUUUUCCCAGCACAUGACUACAAAGGCGUGAUGGAGACAAGUGUAGGUGAAGAGAAACGUCUCAAUCCGAGACUGACCAAGAGUUUGGAGGAAUUUGUUAAGAUUAUGGAAAAUCUUAACUUACCUUACCCCAAACAGAUAGAUAAAGCUCUCCCUGCAAAUAAAGUUUGCGGUCUUUAUGACAUUCCACCGGAAUAGUUAGUGCAAAUUAAUUGACAAAGUUUGUAUAAUUAAUGUUGCUGGUAAAGGUAUUACAUUUCCGAUGAUAUUUAAAUAAUAAAAUAAAACUUCGAUGCUCA